GGCGAAGUCUCGUUUGGCGCCCGUGACUCCUGCCCUCAGUGUGCCGAGACUGGAGCUGAUGGCAGCCCUGAUCGGCUGCCGCCUGAUGGAGUUUGUUCGCAGUUCUCUGAGCCUGGACUCACCGCGAGUGGUCUACUGGACUGAUGCCAAGGAUGUCCUCUACUGGAUCAGCAGCAAGAGGGCGCUCAAGCUGUUCGUCCACAACCGAGUGAAGGCCAUCACCGAGAUGUCGAGCCCCGAGCAGUGGCGUCAUGUCUGUGGGGAGGACAACCCAGCUGACAUCGGAACCAGAGCUCAGUGAGGAGGGAAUCUUGCUGGCGACGCUGCGGACCGGCGAACGACCAGUCCCGAUCCUACCAGAAGAGGCGCGCAUCACGACGCUGAUCGUAGAAGAGGCUCACCGCCGGUGCUUCCACCAGGGGACUCGCGUGACACUGGCCCUGCUCACCGCAGAGUACGCGGUAAGGCGGCGGACCGUUCGCCGAGCUGUGGACUCAUGUCGCCGAUGCCGUCGCUACCGAUGUCUUCCCUACAGGUCGCCAGAGGGGGUGCUGCCGAGUUUUCGCGUGCAGCCGUCCCGACCGUUCGCCAAGGUGGGCGUCGACUAUUUCGGGCCACUGUACGUGGACGGCAGCGCUAAAAAGGUAUGGGUACUUCUCAUCACCUGCGCCACCUCCCGUGCUGUCCACCUCGAGCUAGUUCACUCCCAGUCGACAGCUGACCUCGUCCUGGCCCUGAGGCGGUUCUUUGCGCUUCGCGGGACACCUGCGCUCAUCUACAGCGAUAACGCGAGGACCUUUCGAGCGCUGCUGGGUCAGCUCCCAAGGUGUGUCACCUGGCGGUUCAUCCCUGAAUCGGCCCCAUGGUGGGGAGGCUUCUGGGAGCGCAUGGUGGGUGUAACGAAGGCGGCUCUGCGUGCAUCGUUGCACCUCUGUCAUCUCUCCUUUGAACAGCUGUCUGUCGUUCUUUAUGAGUUGGCGUUUUUUGUCAACCUGCGCCCCCUCACCCAGGGUGAUGGGGAGGACCUGCUCACGCCAGCUCAUCUGCUGUUCGGUGUGACCACAAUCGAUGGUGUUGUGUGCCCGACUCUGACGGAGUCCCCACUCAACAGAGCCUGGAGGCACCGCCGGAGGGUGUCUGACCAGCUGACUCGGCGGUGGAACGAGUAUCAGCGCGCGCUCCGCUGCUGGCACCGGUCGCCGCGGGGGCAGCCGAACCGGACACCGGAGGUGGGAGACGUCGUGCUCGUCCACAACGAGGGGCCGCGCGGACGGUGGCCUCUCGCACGCGUGACCGAGCUCCUGGUCGGACCGGACGGCCAGACCCGCGCCGCGAUCAUUCAACUGCGCGGUCGCCGUACGCGCCGACCUCUCAGCCGGCUGUUUCGGCUGGAAGCGGCCCGUGAGGCGCCGUGAACCGGACCCGGAUCGGUGGUUAGUCUGGUGACACGGUUGCGACUGUCCCGGUGCGCGCGCGAUGCGUUGUUGUGAUUUGUUAAGUUGCUGUACCUGUUUUCUGUUCUUUCGAAAUCUCGCCCCGAUUUCGAGUGGGGAGUAUGUGCGAGUUUCCCCCUAAAUACUUUCAUCGCCGAAAAUUACCCCUAAGUGAUUGCUGCCAUUUUUAUUUGGUAA